CCGAUGAGAUUACUGUGUAUUUCAACAACACUUCACAGCGGAAUGAUUGGUUUUAUCGAGGAAAUUCUGUUCUGAACAAUGAAAACAAACUCCACUGCAAACGUGAUGCAAACGACUUCCAAUCGUCUUUCCAAUGGAAAGUGCUAGAAAAUUAAAGUGACAGGCAACUUUGGACAAUGUGACAGCUCUUGUGAUCGCAAUUCUCGAUAUUUUGCCCUAUUUUCUUGUGUUGUGCUGUGAAAAUGCUUCCGAAUGGGAGUGAAAAUCGCCUAACGCACCUUCUGGGUGCCUACAACUCCGACAGCGACGACGAGGAGAGCGCUGAGGAGCAAGUACAAAGGAAACAUGGGAACAAUGGAGCGUCGGUGGCAGACAAUAUCACACAAACGGAGUGGACGCAGUGUUUUGAUCGUGACACGGGACACCCGUACUUCUGGCACAUCAGCACGAAGGAGGUGACUUGGGAGAUGCCAGAGGAGUACAGAGCAUAUCUGGAGUGGGUGAUGAGUAGCACAAUGAGUAGCGAACACAGGUGGAAGGUUUACGAGGCGGAAGACGGCAAAGCGACAUACUAUGUGGAUGAAGUGACGAGAGUCGUUUCCUGGGACAUGCCUGAGGAGUUCCGGAAGCAUCUGGCGGAGCAGAAGAAGGAGAAACCAAAGGAGAAAGUUGUGAAGAAGAGGCCAGUGAAGAAGUAUCCGGAACAUUUGAUGAAAGACGAUUCCAAUGAGGAGAAGAUUGAGCUGAUCUCAUCUUACAGCAGAUCGAGUGAUUCGGAAGAGGAUGAGAAGGACAAUGGCAAGGUGGAAGACACCGCUGAGAGGACACCAACACCUGACCAGAUACCGAGCGAGGAACUCCUUCCGUACAAAAUGCACACGCACAUUGCGAAUACAGACGCUCAAGCGGCGGAAAGAUCACCAAAUCACGCAACAACCAGCACGCUUUUCAGCAAUGAGACGUCAGUGACGCUCUCAGAGCUGGAGAAGACGUACUCUGCCGUGCGGAAGUCCCCAGAAAGCGCGCCCCGGCCAGAGGCCAUAAGUAUUUCUACAUGCGAAGAGGAAAUGGACGUGAAGUUGACGAUGCGGAAAAGGAGAAUAGAAGUUCCCAGGAUUCUGCCGAAGAGUCAACCGCCUGCGAAGGUAGACAAGGAUGUGGAAGUGGAGAAGGAGGAGGAGGAGCAGCAAGUAGUCAACGCGGAUGAGGAUGUUGAGGAGAUUGUGGAAAGAAAGGAGUUUAAGGACGCCUCGACGAGCACAGCUGAAGAUGAGGAGAAUUCAGAGGAUCUGAAAACCAUGAGUUCGCUAAUCAGCGCCAAAGUGAAGUUCCUGUCUGAAGGAAGGCCAAUCGUGACGGGUGUUCAAGUGAUGCAGAUUCAACUGGAAACUCUUUUGACGGCUUUCGAGGCGCAGCAGCUGACUCGGUGCUACGUGAUGAAGUGGCUCAAGAGCACGGCGAAGAGCUUGCUGCAGCUGGAGAACGAGGUGGCGCCGAAUGGGUGGAAGUGCAAGUGGGAUAGGAAAAAUUCCCGGUACUACUACCAAAGUAUGGUGACGGGAAAGAUCCAGUGGGACUUUCCGGAGCCCGAUGUCACGUGCCAUGACGACGAGAUGGAGAUCUGCACCACACCGCCUCAUCCAGGAGGAGUGGAGGAAGGCGAGCCGGAGGCCAAGAAGCCGAAGCAAGAAGAGAACUCGAAUGAGCUUCGAACACCCGAACCGCCAACGUGGAAUUCCAGCCCAGAAGCAUCUCCAGCUCCGCCGUUCGACGCUGCUCCGCCUCCGCCUCGCAUCACGGAUAAAUUCCACACCGAACUGGACUCUUUCUACUCGGACUUGGCCUCCAUGGACAGCAUGCCGAAUCCCACUGAAGCAGUUCCGGCCGAGGCGAGCACAGAAGUGGCACAGACGACGAGUGCCGAGCAGCCGAAGGUGAAGAAGAAGAAAGUCAAGACUUCGCGGACGGAGAUGAAGCAGAUGUCGAUGUUGAUGGCCAAGUGGCACAAAGCGCAGCAGGAUUUGAAGAAAUAAAGUCACACCGCACUUCCGA